UCUCUGUUUCUACUCCCUCUCUCUCUCUCUCUCUCUCUCUCUCUCUCUCUCGUUGCGGGUUAGGGUUUGUUGAUCUCGUUCUGUGCUUCUCCGAUUCUUCCUUCCAACUCGCCAGAUCAAGAUUCUCCGCGUUGUGGUGGGACUGGAUAUAAUCUUAGAGGAGUUCUUCAAAUUUAUCUGCAGCAUUAAAUCACAAGCUGACUGUGAAGAAGGUAGUUUUGGAUUGGUUCGAUAUAUGAUUACCAUUAUUUGGUGAUGAGUUAGGACUCUAUGCUUCCUACUGUGGAUUUUGCCGAUUUUUCAUCUUGAUUGCCCCAUAUAUGGUUAAUCUGGUUGGUAUGCAUCCUCCAGUAUUAGUUUGGGAAUUGCUUCUCUAAUUCCUGAUUAAUUCUGGAAAGAAGGCGCAUAAGAUACCGGAGGUCCUCUUGCAUCCAUGCUGGCAGAGAGCAUGCGUGGAAUCUGUGCUUCGGGUAAUGCCCCUGACGAGAUUUGCUGCCGAUGCAUUCGGUGUGGUGACAAUUUGCCUAGUUGCUCUCUUGAUUCUUCUCGGUCUGCUCUGCAUUGUUUAUUCUUGUUACUUUCGCUCUCGAGUUCGUAGCCAAGAUUAUAUUCAGCUCAGCUAUUUCAGUGGUCCUUGGAUCAGACAAAAGUACCUUAAGAGAUUACCGCGCUAUUUUACAAGGACUGCUUCCCCUGUAUUGCAAAAUGCUGAUCAUGUUGCCCUCUGCACUUAUCCUCUACUGAGUACCAUCCUCCAUGGAUUUUUCGCUUCUCUCCUAACAGUUUAUUUGUUUUGGCUUGGAAGGCGGAUUUUGAAGCUGGUUAUCAAUAAGGGUUUGCAGAAGAGAGUCUACACAUUAAUAUUCUCAGUUUCAAGUUUCCUUCCGUUGAGGGUUGUUUUACUUGGUUUAUCUGUUUUAUCCGAACCAGGGCAUUUUCUGUUUGAAUCUCUUGCUUUCUUGGCUUUUCUUGCACUUCUGUGUUGUGCUGGGGUGUGUAUUUGCAUGCUUGUGUACUGUCCAGUGGCAGAUUCUUUAGCCCUGGGGAAUCUACAGGACCUGGAGGCUAGGAGAAGGAUUCUUGAUGAUCAUGACACCAUAUCUCUCAUUGCUAAUCAGAGUCAUCUUGAGGAGAGUGUAGGAAUUAGUCCUGGGAGGAAUUCUGAUGCCUCGACCAAGCGUGGAUCGAUUUCUUUUCGUACGUAUGGAAAAGAUGGGAGUUCAACAGGGACAUUUGUGGAACUGAGCCUUUUCUCUCCCAGCCGGGAUGCCACUCCACCAGGAUCUCCCCCGCUUCUCGGUUGGCCAAUGCGCCCUCCCGAACAAGUUCAUGGACCCUGAAAAGCAGACAAAGAGAGGCUGAAAAUAGUUGGUGAAUAUCAAUUUUGUGGUAAAGAAAACUGAUUGUAAAGGGUUUAGCUUCAAUAAGGAUUUUCAUUCCUGGUUUGCUUCCUAAUUUUAGAUGUGAUGGUUUUUGGUUGAUGGAAUUUAUUGCCUGUUUUGCACCUGUAACAUUGCUCUGUAACCAUUUUUGGUUUGACUUAUGCUCUGAGAUUCACAAAUGAAGGUGUCCCUGGAUGGGAGAAUUUGGGAUGGUA